AUGGGCAUCAGUAGUCUUAUAUGCGUCUUCUAUCAAGGGCGCUUCGUUGUUGCCCAGUACGCGAAUUUCGAAGGAUAUCCCCAGGGACAACAAGGACUGAAAAUCUUGAAAUUCCUUGUUGUCCCAGGAAAUAUUACGCGUCUUACUGAAGGUCUUGAGAACAUUAAAUAUCUGUCCAUAGAAGAGCUCGACGAGAUCUACAUGGAAGUCAGCAACAUUGACAGAAACGCUUACGCGAAGAAAGCAGAAAGUGACCCUGACUUCGUCAUGCCUGUCAACAUAUUCAAGCACCUUUACCCUUCUCUCUCCCGCGAGGCAGGCAGCGAUAUCCUUGAACUCAUUGCUCAAUCUACACCCGAGAAAAAAAUACUACAUGCCCUGGAACUGGAGUUUGCGAAUGAGUCAUUCUCCUGCGAGUGGGCCUAUGUGAUUGAUCUUGAUAACGAGAUGUUUGAAGUAUUUUUUGGUGCAGAAAGCAAAGAGACAGCCACCAAUAAACGCUUUAACGACAUUGGGCAGAAGCAUGAUACUGUUCCCAAAUUUAUUCAAAGCUUUGCCUUUGAUGAUUUGCCACAAGGCAAGCCUGAAUUCAUCGAGGGUGAAUACAAAAUAGCUAGAACCUCGGUGUGA